AUGACACACUCUAGAAUUUUCAUAUAUGUGUGUGUGCAUAGAUAUCCUUUUCAGACAGAUCCCCAAAUCCCAAACGAGCAAUUAAAAAGCCGGACAAGAUCUUCCGCAGCCGCAUCGCCGCGAACAAAGGCAGAUCUUGGACGCUUCCCGGAGGCCUUCAAUCAGAAUCGGUCGUCGGAUCUCUGCAUAAUUUGGUCGCCCCUUCGUACCUCCACCAGAGAACCACCUUUACCCGUCGAUCUCCACCUUCGAGACACAAACAAAGUCCGAGAUUCAGAUGCCCAGUGCCUCGCCACGCUGCCGCCUGUUGCAUUUGACCCACGGGAUCGGAUAAGAAACCCUGGCGUGGAAGAACGGGCAUGUCUGGGCUAUUCGACUCGCCACUCAAAUUAA